AUGAACUUCGGCGGCUUCACACCUAUAGGUCUCCGGUUCCAGCCCUCCGAGGAAGAGAUGCUGAGUCACUACUUGGAGAACAAGAAUCAGCGCAAGGACUCCCAGUUCACGGCCAAUAUCAUCCCUGAGAUCAAUGUCUUGAAGCACGAGCCUCACGACAUACCAGCACUGGUGUUCGCAAUGGCGGGGUUUCUGGAAAGGGAGUGGUUCACAAUGGCGGACUCUCCGGGCAUGGCGUGGCACUUCUUCAGUCCAAGAGUUUUUAAGCACAGCAAAAGCAAGAGCAAGAAACAAAGCACUCUGAUCAACAGGACUACAGGGGAAGGCAACUGGAAGAAGCAAGGCAAUGACUACAGAAUCACUGGGGCCAAUUCUAAUAAGCAGAUCGGGGGGAAGAGGAUCUUGACCUUCUACCAUUCGGAAAAGGGCAAGACUGACUGGGUUAUACAUGAGUAUUAUCUCACUGAUGCCGAUUCUGGUCAGCAGAUUGGGGACUAUGUUCUCUGUCGCUUGCAGAACAACCAAUUGAAGAACAACCGCUCGAAGAAGAUAUCGAGCAAGUCUAAUCAUGAUCAGCAUACUCCGGGAGGUAAGCCUAGUAGCGGUAACUGCAGUAUGGCCCCCGGCGUUGACGAUCAAGCAUCCAAAGAGAUGAGAAAUGUUCUUCCAACUCCCCAUGGCGAUGCUGAUGAAUCUGAACAUGAUGGCUGUAGCUGCAAUAUGGCCAUUAAUUUUAAAAAUCAAGCGUCCAAACGGCUGGAAGAUAUUCUUCCCAUUUCUAAUGGCAUUCAUGAUGACACUGAGGAUGGUGGUAACAGCUGCCACAUCGCCUCUGGUUUCAAAUAUGGAGGUACCGAAUAUGGUAAGCUUACAGAAGCGGAAGAAUACCAGGCAUUCGUGGUGCUGACAGAUGCUGUUUGUGAAUCUGAUGGCAAUGAGAAAGAACUUAAAGGCUUGCAAACUGAUUCUUGUCAUAUAGAUAAGAAUGACCUUUCGGCCUCUCUUGAAGGUCAAUCUGAUAGCUAUAAUUCACCUGAUUCUGAGAUGGUUGAAGGGCUACUUCAUGAGCCAGAAAACCUGGUCUUACUCCAUCUGCCUUUGUCACCUCAACUGCAGUCACCAAUGUACACAAAGCCGGGAAAUUCCCUGUUCCUUGAUGAGGAAUGUCGUAAGAGGAAAUAUCCAUUUGGAGAUAGUGACCCUUCUCUUACGAAGAAGAAUCAUAUUGAUGAAAUAGGCUCUGAACAUGAUGGUUCAGAUGGGAUUUCAGAGGGAUAUUCUCAAGGAGAGCAUCUGGGGUCUGUACCAUUUCAGUCACAGAACCGAUUAUCAAUAAACAGAGAACCGAGAGAUUUUCCCCAUGACAAUAAUUUUAUUGAAUGGGAUGAUUUGGAACCUUUAUUUGAAGGUUUUGACUCUUCUCUCGCAAAGUUCUCAGAUACAAUUAUUGAUGGAGGUAUUAGUGACAAAAACAUCGAAAAAAUGCAACGACGAACGAUUGUUCUGCAUUAG